CCCUUCACGUGUGUCGAAAUCUUUGCCUGAUGAAGGGAUUUAGAAAUCCUGCCGCUACAGUUUAAAUUAUUACCUGUAGCACUUAUGUUUUCCAGAGCGCGGGGCAGUCCGCCCAUGUGUAAUCUUGUUCGUUAAUUAGAAUUCAUCAAGCAGGUAAAGUAAACACGGGGGGACGUGUACCGCGCGCCCACCCUAGACGAGACAUAAAUUGCAACGACCGCACGGUCAAAAAACAGACCCAACAGGUCGUACGUGGGGUCAGCUGCUUGAGCGGUCGAACUCAAUCCACCCCCACCCACGCCCUGCCGUAAAUAAUCAAAACUCUGUACCCACACGCUGGGCCACCCCUCGCAUGCGCACAUACACUGCAGAUCGACGGCAGUCUCCAUCACUAGAACAGAGCAAUCGAGGAUCUCGUCGGUGCCUUCAGACGACGGAGCAGGCCGGUAUUCGCCGCGCAGCGAGGUUUUCCCACAGCUAGAUGGAAGAAGAAGAACAACAUCUCAGGCGGGAGAUACAGACCCCGCCCACCAUGGAAAGAGAUGGAGAGCAGCUGGUGGGAGAAGGAGAAGCAGCAGCUCCGUCGGGAUCAACAAGCAGUUCAACUAAACACACACCUAGGAUAGCUAUUCAGAAAGUAAUAGAGGUGGUAGCCGGACUGUCAGAUUACAAAAGAUUCCUAGUUGAGGAGAUUGGAUUUGAGGGUGUACUGCGUAUUCCCAUGAUCCAGAAAAUCAAUCUGAAGUUUAGCAAGUUCCUCAUGACAAAGGUGGAUGUGGAAGAGCACUGCAUCAUCCUGUGAGAUGGCGGAACUCCAAUUCCAUUCUAUCCGGAGGAUUUUCACAAAGUGUUUGGCAUCCCAUGCGGGCAGCGAGACAUCCAUGGAAAAGAUGCAGACACCACACCUGAAGCAAUCGAGGUCAUUAGGAACUCUAUAGGGUGGACUGAUAAAUCUGAUCGCAGCUUAAGCUCGCUUGAAGUGUUCAUCGGCAAGGAAAUAAAUGAACUGUCCAGCCGAUUGGAGAAGGAUUCCUUCAAGAUGGCGUUUGUUGUCUUUGUGAUGGGAAAUCUGUUCGCGCCGUGCACCAGGCAUGAUCACUCAACCAUCGACUACUGGGGCGCCAUCAAGGAUGCAGAAAACAUCGCCCUCUUCAAUUGGUGCAAAUAUUCAGUCAAUUUUUUACUUGAAGCAGUCCGCAAACUAAAGUUAGAAAUAGAUGCAAACAUAACACCCAACCACCUCUAUGGGUGUCACCUCUUCCUGCAGGUGUUCGUACUAGACAAUGUUGAACUUGGCAUCAUGAACUUAAAGCAAACAACAAUUCCACGAAUACAUUUAUUCGACGGGGAGACACUGAAACGGAUGAUCCUCGUGUGCUCAGCAAGGAAGCUAGGCAAAACCAUCUUCAUAGCCCCUGAGGCAAGACGUUGGAAUGCCAUGUGCUACACAUGGCACAACUACAUAAACGAGAAGCAUGCCAAGAAGAAAUCAAUGGACCACAAGGCUGAAGGAUCGGCAAACAAGUACGCACUUGUCAUACACAACGCAGACAACAUUCGACAGGGAGACUACAUCAACACUGACACAGCCAUAAGUAACCUUGCACAGACACAUGGAAGCAACGUCGAAUUCAGCCCCGGCGACUACGCUCGGUGGAUCCAGAUGCAAAACCCAGAGUUGGUGAGACAAAAAACACAGUCCAACCACACAUCAAAUCAAUUUUUUGGUCUAUCUACAUUGCAGGCCGCUUCUCCAUUAGGAUGGGCACUGAAACAGCACAAUGCCAAAUGUGUGCAUAUCGCAAACGAAAUGAAAAGGAACAUUGCACGUGAGAACAUUCGAUUCACAAAAAAACUGCUCCAAGUUUAUUCCAACAGACCCAACACGGGAACACCCGCACCCAAUGCUUCUUAUCGCGCUGCCGGAACAACGAAAGGUGUCGACGGCUCAGGCCAACACAAUGUAGAAGCACCGAGCAGACUUGCCAAGCACAUAGUGGGAAGAAGACUGGAGUUGUCAUCUCCAUCCCCAACUCCCGUUAAAUAUGCCAAACCAGUGGUCUUGCCCACCGCCGACCAAUUGUCUACAACACCCACCAGGGGGAAAAACGGCCAACGACAGACAGCGCGCCAGACGCACCACCAUUUGAACUGGACAUCGAUGGCCACAACGAAGCCAGUACGCCUAUCAAGAACGAUGGUAAGGCAACUGCAAUUUCACCUACCUUGGCGACAAAGACGUACUCAGACCAACUAGUAGGGCAGCUCAUGAUGCUGAACGAUGAGAUCGGAGACACCGAGGGGCACAUUGUCUUUGGUCAAGUUAAUGUCGCGGCUGUAACAAAGAUCAAAGUUGCUCACACCCGGUUCACAAAAGACCCAUGGUCCAGUAACAGGAUGGUUCGCAGACACGGCGCAGGGGUCUUGAAAGCCAUCAGAGAAUGGAUGCGGUCAAGAACACCCUAUGGUCUAGCAAGGGAUUGGGUCUCACGCCCCGACCCACGGAUCAUUGCAGUCAGCGGCAAUGCCAUCAAGUCACAAAUAUGCGACGGUUCCGAACUUGACCACGAGUUGGGGUCCCUGAUCUUUCGUCGAAUUGGCCAGAUGGAGUCACAUGCGCACAGUGGCAGCCCCGACGAGCAAUACCGGUUGCUUAUCGAGCCCGAUUUUGCGUGUCAUGCCAUUGCAGGGGAGAACACCACAAGAAUCAUGUCAAUACAAAAAUAAUUCACUGGAGCUGAAGUGAGGUGCAACAUCGCAAACUGUCGGAUGGUUACGAUCCCAGCCGUCAUGCAACACGGGUGGUGCUGCUUCAAUUGGGACGUGAUGGCCCAUGUUAUAACCAUCAUGGACCCAAUGUUAUACCAGACGGAGGACACGUCACGCAAAACUUGCCUUAUGUACGCGGCCGAGAAGAUACAUGACGCCCUUUUCAAUUGCAUCGAAGAAUUCUUCACCGAGUGGCACUGCAGCAGACUUUCAUGGACGAAGAAGACACCUCUACUAUCCACUACAACAUUCACAAGGGGACAUUUUUUCGGUGCCACACAACAUGUCAGAUCUCCGUGACCGGGUUUGCAUGCGGAUAUUUCAUCGCGUAACGGCGGAAACCCUUGGCAACAGCUUCGUCAUCGUCGCAACAUUUUUUUCUUCCCAAGUGGGUUUGUUGAUACCGGUGCUUGUCCGGUGACGCAGAGCUCUUGGUAGGCGAUCUCAUGUGGAUGCAACCGUCAAGUGGAUUCUUCGUUGUUCCCCGAAAUGCAUUUUUCUUGCACUUAAUUGUUUGUCAGGGUAUUUUCUUUUUUCCAUUUCUUUUAUACUGGGUCGAGACUUAGCUGCUUCUGCCCCAGCACCCAUCUUUUUUGCGGUCUCGGUUGGUUUCUUUUGCAUAUAAGGUGGGUUCAAACACUUUUUCGAUAAGCAGCUUAAAUUUUU